AGCAAACUAAACGUAGAGCACAUCAAACAGUUUUUUGGCCGUGUAUUAAUAAAUAUAUCAAAAACAAAAUUGAAUCUUGUGACAAAUGUCAAAUUUGGAGACCAUCAUUACAAAAAGAAACUUUCAUGUAUGAUGGAGUAGUAGGAAAAUUACCAUUUCAAGAUAGUUCUAUAGAUUUAUUCAGUUAUGCAGGAAAACAUUAUAUCAUAUAUGUAGAUCGUUUCAGUGGAUGGCUUAUUGUGAUUCAUUAUGGAAAUAGGACAUCGGAUACAUUAAAAGUUGUUAAUAGUUGAAGGAAAUUUUUUGUAUAUACGGGUGUUCCCUUGAGGCUCAGGUCGGAUAAUGGUCCUCCAUUCAAUUCGAAUGAAUUUUCAAAAUUUCUCGAUAAGUGGAAUGUUUCUCAUGCCCCAUCCACUCCGUAUUAUCCACAAAGUAAUGGACAUGCAGAGGCUGCAGUGAAAUCAGUAAAACACCUCAUCAUGAAAUGUUUCAAUAAUGGAAAACUACACGAAGAACACUUCUGUAAGGGAUUACUAAAAAUAAGGAAUGCUCCUAAAGAGGAUGGAUUAUCUCCUGCACAAAUAUUAUACGGACACUCAAUGCGAACAUUGGUACCAACCCAUUAUGAAUCAUUCUCACCUAAAUGGAAAGAAAUAGCGGAUUUGUUGCAUAAAAGAGAUAGUAUAAGGUUUAGUACACAUGAGGGCGUUAGACGCCGCGUUGAGCGCGCGUUUGUAGUUUUUACUUCGACCGUCGCGUUUGCAGCGCGCUUCGAGUUACUGACGGGACAUUGGAACGUACACAUGCACGCGCGCUCAACGCGGCGUCUAACGCACUCAUCUGUACAUAGCCUAAGAGACAAAAUUAUGAAGAACUACAAUUUCCACGCAAAAGACCUACCACCAAUAAAAAUUGGCUGCAAGAUUAGAGUACAGAAUGUUAUCACCAAAUUAUGGGUUACCUUUGGAAUAGUAGAGAACCUAGUGGACGUAUCAUAAUAAGAAACCGAAGAUUUCUAAGGGAAAUCAAAGGGGGUGAAGAGGAUAGAUAGUUGAUAGAUAAUU